AUGUCAUACCACCAAGUCCCCCGCGAUGACCCCUCCGACCUCCCCACCACCUAUCCUCCCGUGCAGCACAUAGGCCCUCCCUAUACCCUCCGCCCCACAAAACACCGCGUCACCCCCUCCCUUGUCCUCAAAUAUACCCUCUAUGCCGUCGGCGGCCUCGUCGUCUUUCACUACGUCUUCGUCGGCGCGUUCCCUUCCUCCCGGUAUGCAAAAAACUUCCGGGAGCAGUGGCAAAGCAUCGGGUGGACAGAGGACGACAAGGUGUACGCCGAGCAAAGCACGGCAGCGUCCGAUCUGCUAGCACAACUCGAUCCAGAUGCUGGGCAGCCGGGGACGUUCUUCAGGGACGCGUUCCCGCUGAGAACAAUGCUGGCAUUCUGGGAGCUGGCUCAGAAAGAGGUCGAAGAGAGAGGCCUGAAUACGUGUUCAGACCAGCUGGGGAAGGGGCUUGUAGAGGGUUAUCAUCGCAGUCAGCUCGACUACUGCAUACCUCCGGGCAAAAUGGGGCUCGACCUGAUAGACAACAACAUGACUGCGUGGGAGGUUGAGGCGGGCGAAAAAGUCGAGGCGACGAGGAUUGUGUGCUCGCCUGUACACCGUGACAGCUUUACCAAGUGGUGGCCGUACCCUGCAGCGCCAUGUGUCUCCACCAACAUGCGCACGGUCAUCGGGGAAGAGAAAAAGUACCGGGCGGUAGGCUGUAAAGUGACGAACGAUGGGCAGGACUUGAACAACGAGAUGGGACGAGAAAAGUUUAUCGGGACAUCAGCAGAGUCGCUCGAUAUGGACGACGAGAGAGGCGACUGUAAAGAAAGGAUUGAGCACACUAUGGUUCUCAUCCCGAGACAAGAUCAAUGGAACCCCUUCCACGUCUCUGAGGACCUCAUCACCACCCUUGUCUCACUCUUCAUCUCCGCCCGCACGGCGCCCCAUCUCAUCAACACACGCAUGCAGUUGGUUUUUACCGACAACUUUGACAUGGACCGAAACCACUUUACGCCUCUGUGGGAUCGGAUAGGAGCGUGGGCACCGAGAAGGUUGAGACUUGAUCCGUGGAAUGAGGGAGAGUGCUUGACGAACGCGAUUCAUAGUGUUGGUGCUGGUGCUUCUUUGCUUUCCGCGAUGGGUGUGGGCUCUUCCUACACUUGCGCUUCAACCAUCACGUGGGCCGCAUCACAUUAUUACCGCCACCUCUUUGGUCUUUUACCUCCAUCGCUCUCCGCUUCUGCCGCAGAGGAGAAAACGGAUAAACGCAAACCCAUCAACCUCCUUUGGCUUUCUCGUGAAAAGCUGGACCGUUACGCUCAGAGCCACAACGACUGGUCAUCAUGGCGAGAUGUUCGGCAUAUCAACAACGAGAAAGAGUUCAUCUCUACACUCCGAGAGGGUAUAAAGUCUAUGUGCGAAAAAGGCAGCGAGUCGGCUGCGAUGUUUGGGGAAGCCGGUUGUGUUUUUGAAGACGCUCGAGACACCCCCGAGACGUGGGCUUCGACCACCCUCUCCCCAACGGACCCGGUCCCCAUCCGUUUCGCAGCGAUCGACCCUUCCGUCCACGCCCUCGAGACCCAGAUCCACUACACAGGUCACACCAACAUUCUCCUCUCCCCGCACUCUGGCGCUCUCGGUCUCUCCCUCUUCCUUCCCCCUGGAGAAGGUGUGAUAGUGGAGCUGCAGGUAGACAAUGUGAUGGGCAACUAUCAUUUCCAGCAUAUGGCUGGGGAGAUGGGACAUCGGUAUGAGUCUGUGAGGAUUGAUAGGACCGUGGAUUCAAAGAGAGUUUGGUUCUACGUAAAGAAUUGGUUGGAGAAGCUUGGGGCGGAGGGAGUGUGA